GCGACCGCCCCCGGCAAGACGGGUCAUCCCGGGCGCAAUCAGGUGGACCCGCUGUGACCUGCCGCAGUCAUCCCAGGUAUCCAGAGGAGACUGGAGUUUGAAGACCGACAAGCGCAGGUCUUUAUAGUGGCUGAGACUUUUGGAUUGUUCGGCGAGGGCAGUUUGCUCCGGACCACGUGUUUUGGACAUGAGUAGGAAGUGUCAGAUGGCUGGCAAGGUAGGGUGACCAGGUUUACGGUUACAUACUUUUUCUGGACCAGGCUAGGCUCAGGAGAUUGACUGAUUGAUUGACCUAGAGCCGAAGGCUAGACGUCAAAACGAAGACGGAACCAUGAAGCAAUCUGCACCGGGUCUCCCUCGCCGCAGCCUGGCUGUUCUACACGUGCUCGUCAUCUCAGUCAUCGGCGUCGGUGGCAUCACGGAUAACGGCUUUGUGAUCGAGGUGGAGGGAGUGGCUGGCCACAGCGUGGACCUGCCGUGCGACACGAGCACCAUCAGCGCCGGCGACCAGGCUGUGCUCGUGCUCUGGUAUAAGGACGACGACGGCACGCCACUGUACAAUUUUGACGCGCGAGGCGAGCGCUCAUUCUCCGAGGGCUCAGUGGAGCAGGAUCGGUUUCGUGGAGGACGAGCUCAGUUUGUGACCAACCGUGACCCCCCUGCGCUGCGGCUACACGCUGUGACGGCGGCCGACGAGGCGCUCUACCGGUGUCGGGUGGAUUUCCGAUCGAGCCCCACGCGAAACCAGCGCGUCAAUCUCACCGUCAUCAUACCACCGAACCCGCCGGAGAUUCUGCACCGUGGCCGUCAGGUGAUUGGCAGAAUCGGACCCCUGGAGGAGGGCGCACCGCUGCACCUCACAUGCCAGUCAGACGGAGGAACCCCGACUCCUCGGUUGGCCUGGAUGUGGGACGGCCGAGAGGUCAACGCAUCAGCAGUGCCAUCUAGCGACGGUCGAGUGUACUGUGAGUUACACCUGCCACCGCUGAUCCGCGACAACCUACACGCUCGUCUUACAUGCAUUGCUUCGAACACCAACGCCAGCAAGCCGGCGACAUCAGAUGUGGAGCUCGACAUUUACUUUCGACCACUGAGUGUGGAGAUGCUGGGCUCCUCGCUGAACUCCAUGUCAUCGGAGCAGUCGUACGACCUCCUGUGUCGUACUUACGGCUCGCGGCCCCCUGCCAAUAUCACCUGGUGGAUCGGGAGCAGACGCCUCACCGGACACAAACACGCGGCGGUGAGCCGAGGUAACGUCAGCAGCAGCUCCGUAUCGUUCCGACCCAGCGCCUCUCAGCACGGCCUGCCGCUCGUCUGUCGAGCCGAGAACGACCUCGUCUCCAACGGCAUCAUCGAGGACAGGAGGACUCUCAACGUCCGAUAUGCUCCACAAGUCAACCUUCGCUUGGGAAACGCCUUGGACCCGAAUAAAAUACAAGAAGGAGCUGAUGCUUACUUUGAUUGUGAAAUACAAGCAAAUCCCAAAAUUUACAGCGUCAAAUGGAAUCAUAAGGGUAUGCCGGUGGAGCCGAGCUCCCAGCUGGGGGUCAGUGACAUGGUCACUAUCAGCGACCGGAGCCUGGUGAUCCGCAACCUCAGCCGGCGCGCCUCUGGGCCCUACAGCUGCAGCGCUUCCAACCCGGAGGGCGAGGGCGUCAGCCGGCCGGUCCAUCUCAGCGUCAGGUACGCGCCCGUGUGUCGGCCGGGUCAGCCGCGGCGCUAUGGGGUGACCCGCAGCCAGCCGACCCCGGUCACAUGUCAGGUGGACGCUGACCCGCCCCAGGUCACCUUCGCCUGGCGCUUCAACACGUCGCUGGAGACGCUGGACCUCACCAACUCAGCGGCCACCUCUGAUGGCUUGGCAAGCACUAUAUCGUUUUUGCCUCGAGCGGACCAGGAUUAUGGCCAGAUGAUCUGCAUGGCUACUAACAGCAUCGGCCGAAUGGUGCGGCCCGUGUGUUCAACGCCGUCCGGAGCCCUGCACGACUGCCUCGUGCUCAACCAGAGCUCCGAGUCCCUGUCAGUCCGCUGCAAGGCCGGCUUCGACGGCGGACUGGCACAGCGCUUCGUGGCGGAGCUUCGCGAAGCGGCCGGUCGCCGACUGCUGCGCAACCUGACCCAGGCUAAGCCUGAUUUCUCGGUGCGCCACCUGCCUGCCGGACUGCGACUGCGACUAGAGCUUUAUGCAGAGAACGACAGAGGACGCAGCGAGCCGGUUACCAUCGACGGUCUGACGCUGCAGGCGGCAGAGAAACGCGUCAGCAACGACGCUCCACCCAUCUGCAGGAGGUGUCCAUGA